UGCAGAAUGCAGACCCCUCCUUGAAGUUUGGAAACCCCCUUUUGUGGUUUUUAUGCUUAAAAGCUCUGUAUAACUGCAGGUCGGGGCUGACAUCUUGACACUGCCUGCGUGUGUGUGAGGACAGCAGUCUCUGCUGGGAAUAAAGGCUCAUAAAAAUUUGAAUUCCGUGAGUGGUCUCGAUUCUUGAAUAUCUCACACCACAACAAAUAAGAGCCACUGGAGCUGAGCUCAGGAAGCCGACCUGGAACAACCUGCCUGGGUGAUUCUGAUGCUGCAGACAGCCUGCAAAGCUCACUUGGAGAGACAGGAGAUGGGCCUUAAAGAGGCCUCUCCGAUUCUGAUGGAGAAGCAGGCCAAACAGCUCCUGAGAUCCCGGAGACAGGACAGACCAAGCAAACCCGGAUUCCCUGAUGAGCCGAUGCGGGAGUACAUGCACUACCUGCUUGCCCUAGAGCACCGCGCUGAAGAGCAGUUCCUGGAGCACUGGCUGAACCCCCACUGCAAGCCCCACUGUGACAGGAACAUUGUCCAUCCCGUGUAAGGAGCUCAGAUCAGCCUUGCAAGUGGUUUGAUGGACAGCAACCUUGAUAAUGUCAAAACAGGAUGAAGCUUCUUUCAUUUGCUCUUAAACUGCAGAAAUGGAUGUCUUCAGCCUUGUGAACUAUGGGUGUGGCAAAGGCUGCCUUGAGGAUUGAUGACAAAUCUAGAUGCUGCUUCAUUUUACUAACCUGCAUACAUCAUGGAAACCAAUAGCCUAAUGUCUAGACCCCACAAGGGCCUUUCUAUCAUUACAAGGGUGGGCAGAGCCAGAAUCUUAUCUGGCACUGAUGGAGCUGGGACCCUCAGAUCACGAGUUGGGGCAGGCUGCCUGUCCUCAGGAAUGUAGAAAAGUUCUGUUCAGAGGAGUGACACCC